AAGAAAAGAACAAAAAAAAAGCUAUCUGGGUCUAUGGAUCGAUUCUUUAAUAAAAUACUAGUUAAUCCAGAAGUUAAUCCUAUUGAAAAUGAUAUUGAUGAUACUUGUAUUAGUGAAAGUAAUAAUCAAUCAGAACUGAUUUUAAAUACAACUGUUGAACGUUCACCUCCUACAUUGACACCAAUUGAUUCUUCUGAAAAAGAAUUUAAUGUUAAUGACAAAAAGGAUGAAUUAGAUUGUUCAUCUUCUGAAGUUGAUUGUUCUGAAACUGUUGGUAAAAAAAGUUAUGUGGAAUAUUUUAAUAAUAUUGGAAUUUGGUCUGAUGUAAUUGAUGAUACUUUCCGUGAGUACCUCAUAAUGAACCCACCUAAUCAAAACAUCUGUAAAAUUGGUUCAUCUAGCAAACUUAUCUCGGGUGUAUGGCGAAAAUUAAAUGAGUCUAGUUUUUUUUGUGUUAAAAAGAACAAUAAAUAUAAAAGAGAAUGGUUAAUUUAUUCUGAUGAAGUUAAAAAACUAUUUUGUUAUGUUUGUAAACUGUUCAAUCCAAGUGAUAUAACACAACUUUGUCGAGGUGGAUUUGAUGACUGGACACAUGUUAAUAGGCGCCUAAAUGAACAUGAAAAUUCAUGCGCACACAGAAAAUCUGUUUGUAAUCUUUCUAACCGUUCUGCUAUUUUAAAAUGAAUCGAUGUGGAGAUAGUUUUGCAGUAUAAAAAAGAAACUGCUUAUUGGAAUAAUGUUUUGAGAAGAGUUAUUGCUGCUAUUAAAUUUAUUUCUAUUAGAGGACUUUCAUUUUUUGGCGAUAAUGGAAAUCUUAAUUCAUUGCACAAUGGAAAUUUCUUAGGUAUAUUGGAAUUAAUCAGUCUAUUCGACCCUUUUUUGGCCAACCAUAUCUCUGAUUAUGGUAAUAAAGGAUCUGGCCACACAAGUUAUAUUUAAUCUUUUACUGUUCGUGAAAUUAUUUCUCUUAUGGCUUCUACUGUUUUAGAAAAAAUUUUGUCUGACGUCCGCAAAGCCAAGUACUUUGGUCUGAUAGUUGAUUCUACACCAGAUAUUACUCAUAAUGAUCAGUUAUCAUAUGUAUUAAGGUAUGUAGAUGAAAAAGGGGAUAUACAUGAGCGUUUUAUUAAGUUUGAAAAUAUACAUGGCCAUACAUCAGCAUAUUUGACAUUAACAAUUUCUACUCUUCUUGAGAAACUUAAACUGGACAUGAAAAAUUGUGUAGGCCAGUCCUAUGAUAACGCUUCUAAUAUGUCUGGUAAAUAUUCUGAGUUACAAGCUCGUAUAAAGGAAUUAUCUCCAAAGGCUGAGUAUGUGCCAUGUGCAACUCAUUCACUCAAUUUAGUUGGAGUUAAUGCAGUGGAAUCAUGCACUACAGCUGCUAUUUAUUUUGGAAUCGUUCAGGCCCUUUAUGUAUUUUUUUCUUCAUCCACUAGCAGAUGGGAUGUAUUAAAAAAGCACCUUUUGUCAAAACAAAAAAAUAUUUUGCUGAAAUCAAGAUCUCAAACUCGCUGGUCUGCUGAUGCAAAUUCAGUAAAAGCUCUAUAUUUGGGAUACAAUGAAGUUAUGUUAGCACUAACUGAAAUUGGUGAAGACAACAAUCAAAAAAUAGGUGUACAAUUUGAAGCAAAAGAGUUACACAAAAAACUAAAAAAGAAAGAAGUUGGUAUCACAACUAUAGUAUGGAAUACUAUUUUGCAAAGAAUAAAUAAUACUAGUAUAGACUUGCAAAAAUCUACUAUUAAUUUAUCUGUUAUUGUUUCUGUUUAUGAAUCUUUGAUUGCAUUCAUUCAUGAUGUUAGAAAUAGUUUUAACAACAUUGAAUUAGAAUCUAAAAGCUUUAACAUUGAUUCUGAGUUUUGUGAUAAAAGAAAAAAACAACCUCCCAAAUCUAGAAUGUUAGAUGAUAUUGCAAAUAACCCAGGUGUUAAUUUGUCUAAAAAGCAAGAUUAUAUUGUAAACACAUUAUACGUUCUUUGUGAUAAAUUAAUUUCUGAACUAGUCAAACGUAAUCAUGCAUAUAAACUGUUAGAACAAAAAUUUGGUUUCUUAUAUAAAAAUAUGACACGUCCAAAGAUUUCUAACUCGGUUAAAUUAAUACUGAAAACGUAUUCAGAUGAUUUGGACUAUGAACUAGUAGAUGAGCUAAUACAAUUUCAAGAACUGAAAGAAAUAGUUUUUCCAGAAUCCACAAGUAAAAUAGUAGACCCUCAGAGGCAAUUGAAAUAUUUACGUAACAUGGAUAUACGUAAUACAUUUCCUAAUAUUGAAAUAUUAUUGCAAAUAUACUUGACAAUGCCAUGCACUAACUGUUCCAGUGAGAGAUCUAUUUCUGCAUUAAAAUGAAUUAAAACACGACUCAGAUCUUGUAUGACACAAGAACGUUUGGACGGUUUAUCUUUGUUAACUAUUGAAAGUGAUGUUACAUCAUCAUUAGAUUUUGAAUCAGUUAUUGAAACUUUUGCAGAGAAAAAAGCAAGAAAGAAAUCUUUGUAAUUUGUUAACUUUUUUUGUGAUCAAAUAUUCAAAUGUUAUACUUACUUAUAAAUAUAGAAAAUAUAGAAAUUAUUUAUUUUUUAUUUCAUUUUAAUUAUAUAAAAUAAAUUAUUAAAUUAAUAAGUUAUUUACCUACCAUUUUUAUAAUUUUAUGGAAGAUUGAUAAUUAAUUACGUUAUUUAAUUAGUAUUAUCUUUUCAUUACCCUUAAUUUAAAAAAUUACAUUGUAUUUAUAGUACAUGAAAUAAUGUACAAAUAUUUUAUGAGUUUUGGGAUAUUUAUUUAAUACUUAACAUAUAAAUAUUUUGUUUUUAUUAUCAAUAUUUCCCCCUCCUCUCUAUAUAGAUUUUUUCUGGAACAUUUUUUUGACUUGUGGUGGUGGGGGUAGGGGGUAGGGGGCCCCCAAAAAAAUUGUGCACUUAGCCCUAAUUUUAUUAAAUCAGG